AUGUCGUACAUGCUCCCACAUUUACACAAUGGGUGGCAAGUAGAUCAAGCCAUUCUGAGUGAAGAAGACAGAGUUGUGGUCAUCCGUUUUGGACACGAUUGGGACCCAACUUGCAUGAAAAUGGAUGAAGUAUUGUACGGGAUUGCGGAAAAGGUCAAGAACUUUGCUGUCGUUUAUCUUGUUGAUAUUUCGCAAGUUUCAGAUUUCAAUAAAAUGUACGAAUUGUACGAUCCAUGCACGUGCAUGUUCUUCUUUCGAAACAAGCACAUUAUGAUCGAUUUAGGGACAGGAAACAACAACAAGAUUAACUGGGCGUUGGAAGAUAAGCAAGAAAUGAUCGAUAUUUUGGAAACUGUUUAUCGUGGUGCAAGAAAAGGUCGAGGUCUUGUCGUAUCUCCCAAGGAUUACUCUACAAAAUAUCGCUACUAAUUAAAUAUUUAUACCACAAUGUCCAUUAGUUCUUCCUCAUUUGUUCACAUUGAUUUAUUGAUAAUCAAACGGCGUACUUUAUUUCAUUUGGAUAAGUUGUAUUAUCCUCAUAAUCGUAAAAAAGUCUGAUGUAUUUUAUUUUAUACUUUACACGUUCUUAAAUAAAGUGUUUUCCCAAUUUUGCAAA